AUGAAAUGGACCGUUCAAAAAUAAUUUUCUUUCUCAAGACAAAAGUGUAAAAAGUCAAGCUUGAAGUAAUUCACUUGAUGACUUCUAAUACUGGGCUCCAAGUCAGGCAUAGAAAACACAUACAUGACAUGGAAGGGUAAAGACUCAACUGCAAAAGCAAUGGAAGGAGUAGAAGGAAAAGGAAAACAAACAAUCAUGCCCUUAUGCUUAAACUAUUCCAUUUUAGACACCAAAUCUUCACUUCACUGGUUUCUUUUCUUUGAUACUUGGUGAAAAAUGCAAUACUCGUACCUUUGUUUCACCUUCAUCUUGUUGACAAUCAGUUUCAAGGCUCCCUUCACAAGAUCUGAGAAUUUCUCAUGCAAUUCAAAUGAUCUUAGAUCCUUAACUAGCUUCUCCAGUUCCAUAGACUAUGGGCUUGAUUGGAAUACGUCAGACUCAAAUUGUUGCACUUGGAUAGGAGUCACCUGUGACAAUUCCACUGUUUCGAGUAAAAGGGUAGUCAGGUUAGAACUUGGGAGCAAAAGACUCAGAGGAAUAAUUAACGAGUCCUUGGCAGGUUUGGAUCAGCUGAGUAUACUGAACCUCUCACAGAAUUUCCUUCAUGGAUACCUUCCAGCCAGAUUACUCCACCUGCAGAAUCUUGAGAUCAUUGACUCGAGCAAUAAUGAUCUUGUCGGUCCAUUACCAGGAGGUAACAAUUUAUCCUCGAUCAGGUAUGUUGACAUUUCAAGGAACAAUUUUAACGGUUCUGUCGAUGCAGCACUUUGUGAGAGCUCAUCAUAUAUUCACACGCUCAAUCUUGGAAACAACUAUUUCACUGGUGAAGUUCCAGCAAACUUUGGAAGGUGUUCUUCUCUGCAGCAACUCUUUCUUAAUGACAAUCACCUCUCAGGAAAUCUCCCCAAAAGCCUCUGGCAACUGCGAAAUCUUCGUAUAUUGCACCUUCAGCAUAAUUUAGUUUCUGGGCCACUAAAUGAUGAGAUUGGUAAACUUUCCAACCUUGUGGAAUUGGAUAUCUCCUCCAAUAAGUUUUCUGGAAUUCUUCCAGAUGUUUUUGAGAGGCUUAAGCUUGAGAAUUUCCUUGCCGGCUCAAACAACUUCAGUGGGCAUUUGCCCAUGUCAUUGGUAAAUUCUCCAUAUAUUGUAAUUCUGAAUUUGAACAACAACACCCUUAAUGGUCCAAUCAAUCUCAAUUGUUCUGCAAUGGUUCAUCUCACCUCUGUCGAUCUUGGUUCUAAUAAUUUCCAUGGUCCGCUGCCUGAUGUUAUAUCCUCUUGCCAGAGACUGACCAAUCUGAAUCUUGCUCGUAAUAACCUUGGUGGUGAAGUUCCUUUUGCGUUCAAGAAUCUCCAAGCCCUAAGAUCCCUCUCACUCUCAAACAACAGCCUUGUUAACAUAUCAUCAGCCCUAGCAAUUCUACAACAUUGCAGAAACUUAACUUCACUGUUCCUUAGUUUUAACUUUCACGGUGAAAAAAUGCCCAGAAAUGUGAAUUUUCACUUCAGGAACCUCAGGGCACUUGCUAUUCCUUAUUGUGAACUUACAGGUUCCAUGCCAACGUGGCUGAGUGGCAGCAAGAUGUUGCAACUUUUGGAUUUGUCAUGGAAUAGACUGUAUGGAACUAUUCCCUUCUGGUUCCAUGAGUUCAAGUAUCUCUUUUACAUGGAUCUGUCGAACAAUUCUUUCACUGGUGAAAUACCUGAGAGCUUGACAGAGCUACAGGGCCUGAUCAACAUGAAAAUAUCAUCAGAAGGACUUUCUUUAGGCUUCCCACUUUUCUCGUUCGUAGCAGAUGGUGCAAAACUCAAGUAUAAAGGUAUUUGGGGCUUUCGACCAACUUUGGACUUGAGUUACAAUAAGCUCACAGGAACCUUAUGGCCAGGUUUUGGAAAUUUGAAAGAACUCCACGUUCUGAAGCUGAAAGAAAAUCAUCUCUCAGGAACCAUUCCCGAUAGUUUCUCAGGCAUGACAAGCUUGGAAGUUUUGGACUUAUCUUAUAAUGAUUUAUCAGGAGAAAUACCUCUCUCACUGGAAAAGCUCAGUUUUCUGUCGAAGUUCAGCAUUGCAUACAAUCAAUUGCAAGGAGAUAUCCCUUCAGGAGGCCAGUUCCUGACAUUUCCACCUUCAAGCUUUGAGGGAAACAAAGGUCUGCGUGGACAACAGCUUACUCCUUUUCAGCCUCAGCAGGCUCCUCAUGAUGUUCAGCUGGCUGAUGAAGAAAUGACUAUAAUCGGUUUGCAAUUUGGACUUGGAGUCAUGACUGGGUUCCUUUUCACUGUCACCUUAUGCUUCGCAUCCGGCUGGGUGUUUGCAAAGACAUGAUAAACAAGCAUCAAAAUCAGUGAGUUGAGCACCAAAUGUAGCAGGAAUUAAAUCUAAACAGAAGUGGCCAUAAUGGCAUUUAGAUCUGACAAGGAAGGUGGCCCUUGUCAUUUUUGUAAAUGUGGAUUUGGGAAGUUCUAUGUAAUAUAUCUCCUGUUUCUUCUCA